GAACCUCACGCAGUGCAUGAAUUCAGCGGAGGUCACAGUGGGAAAGUUGAAACGGUAUGUCAGUGAACUUUGUCCGUGAGGGCGGAGCCAGGAGUUAGGGGAGGAGCCAGGAGUUGGGGGAGGAGAGGAGAGGACGUCAUGUUGAGGAAACAAAACGUUCAGAGAAACCAAACCCAACCCACGUGGAAGCAGUAUUCUCGUUCAGGAGAAAAAUAAGACACAUUUCGCAACCGAUUGUCUGGCAGAAAGAAACAACGACAAGGAAUGGCCUCUGCAAACACCUCCUGGCCUGAAGAGAACUUUUCAUGUUCCAUAUGUCUGGAUGUGUUCAGCAGCCCAGUUUCCACACCAUGCGGACACAACUUCUGCAGAACCUGUAUUACUAAGUUCUGGGAUAAACAAGUCAGGUACAAAUGUCCCGUUUGCAACGAGCUUUUCAACACAAGACCUGAUUUACGGGUCAAUAUCCUAAUUUCAGAGAUAGUUGAUCGGUUUGGAACGUCCCUACGAGUAAAAGAGCAGCCUUGGGUUGAACGAGCAGAAGUUCCCUGUGACGUCUGUAAUGGGACCCAGCUGAAGGCCGUGAAGUCCUGCCUAGUGUGUCUUACCUCUUACUGCCAAAGCCACCUGAAGCCACAUCAGAGAGUCGCAGGCCUGAAGAAACAUCGGCUGGUCGAGCCUAUGGACCGUCUGGACGACAGGAUGUGUAAGGAACACGACCGACUUCUGGAGCUCUUCUGCAAGACUGAACAGGUGUGUGUGUGUCGGUUGUGCACAGUGACGGACCACAAGUCACAUCCUGUUAUACCUCUAAAGGAGGAAUAUGAAGUGAAGACGGCCCAGCUGGGGAAGAUAGAGGCUGGCGUUAAACAGUUGAUCAAGGAGAGACAAAAAAAUAUUCAGGACAUUAAAGACACAGUUAAACGCAGCAAAGCAGAUGCAGACAGAGAGAUAACUGAUGGUGUGCAGGUACUCACUGCUCUGAUGCGCUGCAUUGAAAAGUGCCGGGAUGAUCUCAACCAAAUGGUGAAAGAGAAACUGAAAUCCACAGUGAAACAAGCUGAAGACCUCAUCAAAGGGCUGGAAAGGGAAAUAGAAGAUCUGACCAAUAGAAGCUCAGAGGUGAAGCAGCUCUCACACACUAAAGACCACCUCCACUUCCUCCAGGCCUUCAGAUCCCUGAAGGAUCCUCCACCCACCAGGGACUGGACCACGGUGGAGGUCCGUCCUCCGUCAUACGUAGGGACCUUGAGGAGAUCCCUGGAUCAGCUGGAGGAGACACUGAACAUGGAGAUGAAGAAGCUGCGUGAUGCUGAACUGAAGAGGGUCCAGCAGAAUGAAGUAGAUGUGACUCUGGAUCCUGAUACAGCUUAUCCCUGGCUCACCCUGUCUGAGGAUGGGAAACAGGUACAUGAUGGAGGUGUAAAGAAGAAACUCCAAGACAACCCCAAGAGAUUUACACGGUGUGUAUAUGUUCUCACGAGGCGGAGCUUCUCCUCAGGGAGAUUUUACUUUGAGGUCCAGGUUAAAGACAAGACUGGAUGGUCUCUAGGAGUGGUCAGAGGGUCCAUCGCCAGAAAAGGUCUGACCCAUCAGAACCCUGAGACGGGUUACUGGACCCUUCUCUACUACCAGGAUGGGUUGGUAUUUAGUGAUAACCCUUCUGUCCGUCUCCCUCUGAGAGCUGAGCUCCAGAAGGUGGGGGUGUUUGUUGAUUAUGAUGAGGGUCUGGUCUCCUUCUAUGAUGUGGAAGCCAGGGUUCAUCUCUACUCUGCCACUGGCUGCACCUUCAGUGAGCCUCUCUAUCCAUUCCUUGGCCCAGGCCGCCAUAAUUAUCAAGGUAACAACUCUGCCCCCCUUAUCAUCUCACCUGUCAAUCAAACAGACUAGGACCUUUGUUUGGUAAUAAAAUAAUCAAACGACCAAAACAACUAAUAUUGUUUCCUGAAUUAGAAUCUCUAUUGUGUGAGAUCUGAGAGAACUGUAUUCAUAUCUUACUUUCAUUUUUCACACGUCAUUUAACAAGAAAUAAUUCAUUAAGCAACUAACACUGUACUAUAAAAAGAUGUAACCCGAUAUAAGACUACACUAUAAUGUUCAAUGAUUUUUAUCUGAAUGUUUUUUUAUAUUUUUAAUUAAUGAAAAAAUUGUAAUCAGAUAAUGUGAAAUGUUGAUUUUGAUAACAUUAUCAUUAGUUGUUUUAACCAAAUGGUAAUAUUCCUUUAUUUUUUAAUCAUGUUUGACAACACAGUACAAUGUUUGUAAACUUUUGAGAUUUGAAUAAAAAUUUACUUAAAGUAG